UAUGCGUGUUCGGUUCGAUCAGAUUUAUCGGUCCGAAUUGGUUCCACCGAUUAUUUACCCACCCCUAAUUACAAAUAAUAAUAAUAAUAAUAAUAAUUAAUAAAUCUUUUCGAAAAUAGUCCAGUGAGGAUUGGAAUGUUGGAAUUUCACGCUCAAUCGAGAAAUGAAUAAAUAAAUAACAACAACAAUAAUAAUAGCGUAUUAAAUUAAAAAGUGAAGUCACCAGAAUCAAAUCACGAGGGAAGAGAGAGGAAAAAGUAGAGGAAGCUUGUUUAGGAUUUACGAUGCAGGGGCGAUUGCGUAAAUUCGCUAAUUGUAUAGCAUUGGGCACAGGCAAAGCAUAGAAGUGUCCUCGGUGGGUCUUGUUGCGGUGAAUCAAUCAAUCGAAAUCGGACGAUGCAAACAGCCAUUGCAGGUUGCAGUAAACAAAGAGAGAGAGAAAUGGCGGGUGGUAAUGGUAUUGUGAGGGGUGUGAUAAUGGACGAGGCAGUGGUUUUACAGCAAAACCAAGAGUGUUUACAGCCAGGGGCCGAGUCCCUCCUCCGAAAGCUUCGUUAUUCCGGCAUCCGUACGGGAAUUUCUUACGGACCGGGUCUUUCAUCUCGGAAGGUGAGUCUUCUGAAAAGGAUGGCGAAUCUGCAUUCAGUCGAUUGCUUUAUGUUGGAUGCUUCUUCUACUUAUGCUGCUAUUCAUGAGGUUAUGCUAUCUUGGCAUGACAUUGGAGGCAGUAUUUUGUAUCUAGUUUCUAAUGAGAAGAAGGACAUCUCUCUCGAACUAAGCAAUUGCAACUGGCUGAUCACUGUUCUGAAUACUGAGGGUGGUAGUUCAUGUGAAAGUUCAAGCAUCAUUCAAAUCAAUAGAUUGGAUGAGUUACCUUUGACCAUUUGCCACUUCAAUAGAAAGGAAACCGGGAAAAAUGUUACAACAGUUGGUUAUGUCAUGAAGCCUUCACGUCAAGAAGAUUUUGCUAAGAGGGGUGCAUUCCCUAUGUAUCCAACUAAAAAUGGGUUAAUGUUCCUUCCCCUCACAUUUGAGCUACCUCUUUCACCUCAAUUACAAGAAGUUGAUAUAGUUCUUCAUAAAGCAACAGAUGAAAUUUUAUCCAUUGAACUAAGUGGCUCUUCAGGACACCCUAAUAAAAUAACUUAUACCAGGGGCAUGCAGGAAUUGAAAUGUUAUAUGGAUCAUCAUGUGGAUUUUUGUGUGAUUGACCCACUUGAUAACAUUUACCCUGUAUUGGAUCGGCAUAAAAUUCAACAGAUUCUACUUGGGUUGGAAGAUGUAAAUACUUCAGGCGUUAAGAUCAGGGGACCCCAUUUUCUUAAGGUGGAUGAUUUUAACGAGCCUGAUUUCCUUCAAAGGCUAUCCAAAGCUAAGCUAUCUCUUCCAAGUAUAGUGAAACCUCAGGUUGCUUGUGGUGUGCCUGAUGCUCACAGUAUGGCAAUUGUUUUUAAAGUUGAAGAUUUCAAAGAUUUGAGUGUUCCCCUUCCCGCAGUUAUUCAGGAAUAUGUCAAUCACUCGUCGAUUCUGUACAAGUUCUAUGUGUUAGGGGAGAAAGUGUUUUAUGCAGUUAAGAAUUCUACACCAAAUACUGAUACAUUGAUGAAAUUAUGUGGAAGCAAUGAACUGAGACCUUUAGUUUUUGACAGUGUUGGUGAUUUGGUUGACAGCUUAAAAUCUCUACCAACUGCAAAUGAAAAGGAGCAUCGUGUAAAUGAGCGCAUAGAUCAUGAUCGGGUGAGAGAUGCUGCAGAGUGGCUGAUGAGAAAUCUUGGUCUGACCAUCUUCGGGUUUGAUGUUGUUAUAGAGGAACGAAGCGGCGAACAUGUGAUAGUGGAUGUGAACUACCUACCUUCAUUCAAGGAAGUUCCAGAUGAUGUUGCCAUACCUGCCUUGUGGGAUGCCAUUAAGAGAAAAUCGGAAUCCAGGAGGACACAAAGAGAAGAAAACAAAUGUUGAAUGUUACAAAUAAAGUUGAUGCUGAUGAUGAUUAACCAAGUUAUGUUUAGGGUGGUUGGUUUCAAUUAAAUUUUCCGUCAUCACAUGAAGGGCGUUUGCCUGUAAGUGGUAGUAAAUAUGAAGAAGAAGAAGAUGAUGAUGAUGAUAUCAAUCUUAAAUGGCAUUCUGUUGUCCCCCCCCCCCCCCCCCAAAAAAAAAAAAAAAAAAAAAAAAAAAUCAGCGUUAAAUUGCAUCCUCUAAAAAAGGGUCUAAGAAAUGUAAUUUGGAGGAGCUAACUUAUUGUGAUGGCAUUCGAUUUGGAAGUAAUUGACAUGAAUCUGUUAAUAUAAUAAUAAACUGAAUUGGCCA